AUGCCAGUGCCAUCAGGAUACGCAGCGGCUCCACAUGGAAACCAGCCAUCCUGCUUCACAAAGAUCCGAAUGGGAUUAAUGAUGGGCGCAAUGAUUGGCGGAGCGACAGGAAUUCUUCUCGGUGGAUUCAUGGGCUUCCGAGCAGGACUUCGUGGCAAGGAACUUCUAUUACAAUGCGGAAAGACUGUUGCACAAUCCGGUGGAUCUUUCGGUGUCUUCAUGGGUGUCGCUCAAGGUCUCCGAUGCUAA